CUUCCUACUUCACCACACUGCUGGGGCGGCAGGCGGGGAGGCUGCGGGCAGGGAGGGCUGGGCCUGUGCGAGAGCACCCCUCCCCUUAGCCGCUCUGCACAGGAAGGUUGGGGCAACCUGGCCUGGGUGCUUCCCCGCCGGCAGGAUGGAGGACGAUGAAGGCCCUGAGUGUGGCAAGCCCGACUUUGUGCUUUUGGACCAAGUGACCAUGGAAGACUUCAUGGAGAAUCUGAAACUCAGGUUCGAGAAGGGCCGCAUCUACACAUACAUCGGUGAGGUGCUGGUGUCCAUAAACCCCUACCAGGAGCUGCCCCUGUACGGGCCAGAAGCCAUUGCCAGGUACCAGGGCCGCGAGCUCUAUGAGAGGCCACCCCACCUGUAUGCUGUGGCCAACGCCGCCUACAGAGCAAUGAAGCGCCGGUCCAGGGACACCUGCAUUGUUAUUUCAGGCGAGAGUGGGGCAGGGAAGACAGAAGCCAGCAAGCACAUCAUGCAAUACAUCGCAGCCGUUACCAACCCAAGCCAGCGGGCCGAGGUAGAGAGGGUCAAGGACGUGCUGCUCAAGUCCACAUGCGUGCUGGAGGCCUUCGGCAAUGCUCGCACCAACCGCAACCACAACUCUAGCCGCUUUGGCAAGUACAUGGACAUCAACUUUGACUUCAAAGGAGACCCCGUGGGGGGACACAUCCACAGCUACCUGCUGGAGAAGUCGCGGGUCCUUAAGCAGCACGUAGGCGAAAGGAACUUCCACGCCUUCUAUCAGGUGCUGCGGGGCUGUGAGGAUGAGGAGCUGCAAGAACUGCACCUUCAGAGAAACCCUGCAGUGUAUAAUUUCACCCGCCAGGGGGCGGGGCUCAAUGUCCUGGACAUCGAUGAGAAGAGCCACCACCAGGCAGUGACGGAGGCCAUGCGGGUGAUCGGCUUCAGUCCUGAGGAGGUGGCCUCUGUGCACCGGAUCCUGGCCGCUAUACUGCACCUGGGAAACAUUGAGUUCGUGGAGCUGGAGAACAACCUGGAGCAGGGGCGCCUGGCGGUGACCGAGGAAGUGUUGGUGGACCACGUGGCUGAGCUGACGGCCACACCCCGGGAGCUAGUGCUGCGCUGCCUACUAGCUCGCACUGUGGCCUCUGGAGGCAGGGAGGUCAUUGAGAAGGGCCACACUGCGGCCGAGGCCAGCUAUGCCCGGGAUGCCUGUGCCAAGGCAGUGUACCAGCGACUAUUUGAGUGGGUGGUGGACCGGAUUAAUCAUGUCAUGGAACCCCGGGACCGGGACCCCCGGCGUGACGGCAAGGACACAGUCAUUGGUGUGCUGGACAUCUAUGGCUUUGAAGUGUUCCCCGUCAAUAGCUUCGAGCAGUUCUGCAUCAAUUACUGUAAUGAGAAGCUGCAGCAGCUCUUCAUCCAGCUCAUCCUGAAGCAGGAGCAGGAGGAAUACGAGCGGGAAGGCAUCGCCUGGCAGACCGUGGAAUACUUCAACAACGCCACCAUCGUGGACCUGGUGGAGCGGCCCCACCGGGGCAUCCUCGCUGUGCUGGAUGAGGCCUGCAGCACUGCGGGCCCCAUCACUGACCGGAUCUUCCUGCAGACCCUGGACACACACCACCGCCACCACCCACACUAUACCAGCCGCCAGCUCUGCCCCACAGACAAGACCAUGGAGUUUGGCCGAGACUUCCGGAUCAAGCACUAUGCAGGGGAUGUCACGUACUCUGUGGAGGGCUUCAUUGAUAAGAACAGAGACUUCCUCUUCCAGGACUUCAAGCGUCUGCUGUACAACAGCAAGGAUCCCACCCUGCGGGCCAUGUGGCCAGAUGGGCAGCAGGACAUCACAGAGGUGACCAAGCGCCCCCUGACGGCCGGCACACUCUUCAAGAACUCCAUGGUGGCCCUGGUGGAAAACCUGGCCUCCAAGGAGCCCUUCUACGUCCGCUGUAUCAAGCCCAACGAGGACAAGGUGGCCGGGAAGCUGGACGAGGGCCACUGUCGCCACCAGGUCGCAUACCUGGGGCUGCUGGAGAACGUGAGGGUCCGCAGGGCAGGCUUCGCUUCCCGCCAGCCCUAUCCUCGAUUCCUGCUCAGGUACAAGAUGACCUGUGAGUACACGUGGCCGAAUCAUCUGCUGGGCUCAGAUAAGGCGGCCGUGGGCGCUCUCCUGGAGCAGCAUGGGCUGCAGGGGGACGUGGCCUUUGGCCACAGCAAGCUCUUCAUCCGUUCGCCCCGGACGCUGGUCACGCUGGAGCAGAGCCGCGCCUGUCUCAUCCCCAUCAUCGUGCUGCUACUGCAGAAGGCAUGGCGGGGCACGCUGGCCAGGAGGCGCUGCCGGCGACUGAGGGCCAUCUACACCAUCAUGAGCUGCUUCCGGAGGCACAAGGUGCGUGCUCACCUGACAGAGCUGCAGCAGCGAUUCCAGGCUGCGCGUCAGCCCCCGCACUAUGGCCGUGACCUCGUCUGGCCCCCACCGCCCACCGUGCUGCAGCCUUUCCAGGACAUCUGCCAGGCCCUCUUCUCCAGGUGGCGGGCCCGGCAGCUGGUGAAGAACAUCCCCCCUUCGGACAUGGCUCAGAUCAAGGCCAAGGUGGCUGCCAUGGUGGCCCUGCAGGAGCUACGGCAGGACUGGGGCUGCCGGCGGGCCUGGGCCCGGGACUACUUGUCCUCCGCCACAGACAACCCCACAGCCUCAGGCCUGUUUGCUCAGCGACUGAAGACGCUUCGGGAAAAAGACGGCUUUGGAGCCGUGCUCUUCUCCAGCCACGUCAGAAAGGUGAAUCGCUUCAACAAAAGCCGGGACCGGGCACUGUUGCUCACAGAUCGGCACCUCUACAAGCUGGAGCCAGGCCGGCAGUACCGGGUGAUGCGGGCCGUGCCCCUGGACGCGGUGACCGGGCUGAGCGUGACCAGCGGGCGGGACCAGCUGGUGGUGCUGCACGCUAGGGGCUAUGACGACCUGGUGGUGUGUCUGCAUCGCUCCCAGCCACCACUGGACAACCGCAUCGGGGAGCUGGUGGGGGUGCUGGCUGCACACUGUCAGGGGGAGGGACGGGCCCUGGAGGUCCGCGUGUCCGAUUGCAUCCCCCUGACCCAGCGCGGGGCCCGGCGCCUGGUAUCCGUGGAGCCCAGAUCGGAGCAGCCAGAGCCGGAUUUCCGCUGCAGCCGUGGCGCCUUCACCCUCCUGUGGCCGAGCUGCUGAGAGGUUCUCCACCUGCGCCCACACCAGUGACAGAUUGCAGUCUCGCUGUGCAAUAAAGGAUGCUGAGUCUGUGA